GUUGGUUUGACGUCACACGUGUGCGCCAAGACUCGUUUGUCAGUAAGAAAAGUCACUUGCCUUAAUGUUUCUAGUUUUAUUUAUUCGUUCCGAGAGCACAUUUUGUGUUUAUGACCCAGAUUGUUUGUCUUGAAAUCACCUGACUGACACCUUUUUCUUCGUCCUUGACGUCGGUUCCGUACGACUCAGUCAUGUCUCUGGGUUUCCUGAGGUUUGUUUUGAGUCAGGCACUGAGCCGCAGUCCUCUUCGACCCAUCAGCCUGGUCACCUCACCCCUGGCGAGAAGCCCAUCCGCCCUCAGGCCAGCAUGUUCUUGCCAUAUUGUGUCGCCCUGGCUAUGCAUGUCCUUCUCCACAGACACUGAGAGCGGGGACCCCAACACAACAGAUUUCCAGAAGGAGACUAAAAAGCUGGACCCGAGAGCACGAGUCACUUUCAGCAGCGUGGGUAGAAAGAUUGGCCAGCGGCAUAUACAGUUAUUGGGUGAGGAUGGUGAAGAUUUGGGUACGAUGCACCGUGCUGAUGUGAUACGACUGAUGGACCAAACAGGCCUGAAGCUAGUUGCCAUAAAUGACAAUUGUGAUCCUCCAUUAUACAGACUGAUGAAAGGGAAACAGAUCCACGAAGAACAGAUGAAACUUAGAGACACACAGAAAGCCAAGAAAGGGCCUGUCCAAUCAAAGGAGCUCAUUUUCUCCUCUGAUAUCUCCUUGCACGACUUGGACACUAAACUGCGGCAAGUCGUCAGCUGGCUGGAAAAGAACAACCACGUCAAACUCACAAUCAGAGCAGGAGCUGGCGGUGGCACGUCACUGGACACAGUCUUAACACAGAUGGUGGAGAGGAUAUCAGUGCCUGUUGGCUUUGUAUCGAAACCGUCUGUUGUUCGCGGGGGUCGUGCUGCCAUGUGUGUCCUUCGGCUCGCUUCUGCUAAAGAACUGCAGAAAAAGGGAGUAGAGACUUCGAACAAGAGUUUAAAACCUGACUCAGAGACACCAACAUCUCAGUGUAGCUCCUCUACAGAGGAAUCAAAAGACUUGAAGCAACAAUAA